CUAAGGGUAGAGAUUCCCGUGCUAGGCUUAGGCCUGAGGCCCAUUGGGUUCGCCUAGUUAGUUUUCCUAAAGAUAGGGCUUCCCUUGCUAAUGUUAGGGUGUGACACCCUGUACCCCAUGUUCACCACUUUUAUAUGGUUAUGAUAUGUUAUGGUCACAUGUCAUUGUAAGACCCCUAGUCUCCAUUCCCCAUGGGCUGGCCCACAGGUACACAGGAAGGCUUUCAAGUAACUAAGGCCUUUUACAACUGAUUGUUUCUGGAGCACCCUUAAGGCCUCCACUUAAUCUGUUUACAUCAGUGAUACAAGUUUAUAUUUAAGGAUGCAAUAAAUCUACCCCCAAGCCCCCUCCCGUGGAAUCCUGUACUCCAGUGCCAUGAGAGGCACAGCCAGAGUCGACGGGGGAGCAGCAGCAAUUGGCUCACAGUGGUGAAGAUACCAUGACGAAGAAGCCCUGCUGCCAGCUCCUCAGAAUAUCUCUAUCCUGUCCACCAACAUGAAGCACUUCCUGACCUGGAGUCCAGUGACGGUCCCUGGAGAAACUGUGAGAUACUCCGUUGAGUUUCAGGGGGAGUAUGAAAGAGAUUAUGCCAAUGAGAUCUGGAUACCCAUCAGCGAGUGUUCGCUCAUCAUUGUGACUCACUGCAACGUCACAGAGGACAUCUCUGCCACCGUGCCCUAUAACCUACGCGUGAGAGCAAACCUAGGUUCUAGGGGUUCAGAGUGGAGCACACUAAAAGUUCUCUUCAAUCGCAUAACGACUUUCCUCACCCCACCCAUGAUGGAAGUCUCUGCGGACGGGUAUCACCUACUGGUGAAGCUGGAAGACCUGGGGCCAGCCUUUCAAUUCCACAUAUUCUAUUGGAGGAAGGGCCAGGAAAGUUGGGUGCACAAGAAGACUGUGAAGGAGAUCAGCUCGGUUGUGCAUCUGGACACCCUGGAGGCAGGAGCUGAGUAUUGUGUGAAAGCCCAGACCUACGUAGAGGCCAUCAACAGGAGCAGCAACUUCAGCCAGACGCAGUGUGUUCGCGGGCCAGAUGGUGGCAGAUCUAUAUGGAUGAUGACUGCCAUGGUGUCCUUCAUGGGAUUUGUUGUAGGUGUCUUGGCCCUGCCCUUCCUUGCCUGGAAAAUGAGUCAGAUCUUCCAGUAUUCCUGCUGUCCAGUCGUCGUCCUACCGGACACCCUGAAAGUAACUGAGUCACCCGCAAAGCUAAUACACUGCAUGUGUGAGGGGACUGAAUGUUGUGACGUGGCUGUGCAUGUGAUUCCCCCCGAAGAGAUCCUCCGACUGUGGAUUCAGGACGCACUUUAAAGCUGGCCAGAGAUAAUCAAUCCUGUCGAAAACCAUCUAUGAACAGAUCUAGCAGAUUGUGCACUGGGAGCCUGCACACAGCUCCCACAGCCUCAGGGUAUGUCUACCCCGAGGGAUCAAUGGGAAGCUUUUUGAUGUACGUCUGGUAACUCGCAGGACACAAGUCGCACCAACGGUGUGCACACGGGACUCCAGUUCUGUUUUCUUGUGACCCUGGGAGUCCCUUAAGGCCAACUGGCAUAGGGACCUCAUACUAUAACACACAUCAAGCCUCACACACGCAUUGCCCCAACAUACUGUUGUCACAAUAUAUGAAAGGUAUCAUAUGUAAACUGGUGACACACUGGUCCCCCAAAAAAUCGUUGAUGUAUGUGUGGGUUGAGUACAGAGAGUUACAGAUGUAUGCUGGAAAUAUGCUCGUAAAAUGUGUUUGGGAGACAGAUCAUAAAACCAGAUGGUCCUAGAUAAAGGAAUGUGUAUUUACGGGUCUGACCAGCUUGGUCAUAGGCAGAGGACAAUGGAAGAACAAAGCCAUCAGCUUAAAUAGGUGGGGGAGAAGACUGUUUAACAAUCACACCGGGGGACUGAAUCUACACCCCAGGAAGCCUUCCUGGCUCUUGAGGCUGAGAUAAUGGACUUUGAGUAAUAGAAGGGGAGCAAAAAGACAUUUUAGUGAUCCAUCACUGAGGAGACAAAGGGUAGGGAACCCUUGGAGGCUGUGAAAGUUGGAUGUCCCUAGGCUGAAAGGCUAGGAAUGCUGGUACCUACGUCAAGUUAAGAAGAAUUAAAACGUAACUUUUAAAGAUUACGUUCUAGUCAUUAGAAAGCAUGUUUUAUUUUGUGUGUAACCAGACUUGUCUCUUUCUCUCUUGCUUAGUAUCACUUA